CCUAAGUGUUGAGAAGCGGUUUUUGAUUUGCUGCCGUAGUUGUCGGAUCAGCAAACACCAGAAAUGCUCAGGCUGUCACUUCAAGACCUCGUGUUGCGUGUCAAAAUUUGCAAUUUAGGCGAAGUUGAACAAACGCUUCUCGAAGCAAUGGACCCACCGUCUUCGAAGAACAUACGAAGGGCUAUUGAGUCAUUAAAGGAAGUGAAGGCUCUGACAAGUAAUGAGGGCUUGACGACACUAGGGAAGCAGCUCGCAAAGCUCCCACUAGACGUAUUCCUUGGGAAACUGAUCAUAUACGGUGCAAUUUUCAAAUGCCUUGAUGCAUGUGUCAGCAUUGCUGCUAUUCUUUCGUCGAAAUCACCAUUUGUGAACACAUUAGGGUCGAAUACGCAGCGGGAUUUGGCUCGCUUGUCUUUCAAGAGAGGUGAUUCUGAUUUAUUAACUGUAUACAAUGCGUAUCUCUCAUGGAGAAAGGUCAAAAAUACUCCCGGAGUAAACGAGUAUUCUUUCUGCAGAAAGAAUUUCUUAAGUCCGCAGACUUUCUUAAACAUCGAAGACAUCAAAACUCAACUAUUGGUAAGUAUUGUUGAUGCAGGGCUAUUGAAACUCGACGCCGAUGAGCAAGCGUCACUUCGAAGAACCCGAGUUACAAGCCGCAGUCGGAACUUCUUCGUCGUCCCCGAACGUGUAGAUGUCAAUAACUCAAAUGAUCUUGUUGUCAAUUCCGUAAUUGCAUGGAGCUUCUACCCCAAGCUAGUGAUACGCGAAGGGAAAGGAUGGCGCAACAUCACAAACAAUCAAAAUAUACGGCUUCACCCAACAUCUGUCAACAAACAACCGGACCAUUCGGUUAAAUGGCUGUCAUUCUACCACAUCAUGCAAGCUCGCAGCAAGUUCUACAACGCACAUGAAACUAGUGCUGUUGAGGACUUUGCUGUGGCAAUGCUAUGCGGUGAACCCGAAUUCAAGAUGUAUUCUGGAAUCAUAUCCAUUGACAAUAACCGCGUUCGCUUUUCAGUGCGAGACUGGAAACAGAUGCUUGCCUUCAAAACCUUGACCACUCGAGUGCGGGAAGUCUUGACGGAGAUAAUCCGCAACCCGCAGAAGAAGCUUUCACAUCAACAACGCGAAUGGAUGGAGAUAUGGCAGCAGGUAUUUUCUGCAAAGGGUCACGAGAAAAAGUGAGUCGCUAGACGAGAUAGAUUGCUAGACUGGUAUUAGAUGGUUUGCAUAUCCGGGUGUGAUUCUGGACGUGAGGCGUUAGCUUGGACUACGAUUGGUAUCCAUGGAUAUUUACACUUGAUGAUGACUAGAACUGAUAUGAACAUAGAAUAGUUAUGUCCUCGGCAUUUUUUUUGGGCUUAUUUGCCUUGGUUCUAGCUCUAUCAUAGUAACAGCUCGAUGCUAUAUAAAAACUUGUUUGGUUAUUCCAAUUAUGACUUGUCAAUCAAAAGGUAACAUUUAAAAGUAAAAUGAUAUC